AUGGCGAUCGACUGGGAAAGCAAGGUUGCCCUCAUCCAGUGCGCACAAGCCAUGUCCAUCCAAAGGUAUGUCUUCUGCUCCAUCGUCCACUGCGACCGCCACCCGGAAGUCCCCCUCAUGAACAUCAAGAACGCCACGGAGAAGUUUCUGCAGCAAAGCGGGGUGGACUACACCAUCCUGCGCCUGUGUGGCUUCAUGCAGGCGCUGGUCGCCAGCUACGCCAUCCCGGUGCUGGAGGAUCGCGCGGUGUGGGGGACCAAGGACGACACGCGCACAGCCUACAUGGACACCCAGGACAUUGCCCGCCUGGUCCUGGCAUCUUUGAGGACGCCAGAGGCGGUGAACAAGACACUGGACAUCGCGGGCCCGCAGGCGUACACCACCCAGGAGAUCAUCGGGAUCUGCGAGCGACUGGCCGACACGGACGCCAAGACGCGCAACAUCCCUGUCUGGCUGCUGAAGGGCACGCGGUCCAUCCUGCGCUCGCUGCAGUGGGCAGGGGACGCGGCAGAUCGCCUGGCCUUUGCAGAGGUCCUGGCCGGGAAUGAGAACUUCUCGGCCCCCAUGCACGAUACCUAUCGCCUGCUCGGGGUGGAGCCCGGGUCAGUGACCACCGUGGAGGCCUACCUCAAGGAUUACUUUACGAGCAUCUCAAAGAAGCUGAAGGAGGUGGGAGGCGGGAGCUCCCGACAAGACUUUUAUGUUUGA